UUCGUUUAAAAUGUCUCUAGUUUCGUACGAUUACAGCAGCGCAGAAGAAUCCGAUGAUGACGGAGCCGAGCAAACAACGCAAUCCGCCAAGGAACCGUUAAAGUCCUCUGCCGAUUCGAUUACGGGUCCGGAGACGGCUACCAAACGGAACGACACGGACGAGCCGGAUUCGAGGUCAGUGAUCCAUUUACAACUUCCCGCGCCCAAGAAAGCGAACGAUCUGAACGUGGAGGAGGAAGAUGAUGAAUUUCUUCGCAAGAAAGCUACACCCGUUGAGGCGCCGCCAGCAAAGGAAUCCAACAUUAAACCAACGCUGCGUAACGGUAAGGUGCAAAUUACCAUCCCGUCCAUGAACGACUUUAAGGACGUCGACGGACCCGGAGGAUCGAAGAAAGACAGAGUGGUAGUUGGAGCAGCCUUACCCAAGAAAGCAACCGGAUUGCUUAGUAUAUUACCAAAACCGAAGACACAUUUAUUUCAACCUUCGUCGAAACCACAGCCCUCCCUUUCGGCUUCCUCUGAAACCGGCUCUGGGUUCAGCAAGCGCCUAGUGCCGGAUUCCGUUGCAAACCGGCCUCGAAGCGUUCCGGCAAGUGCUCCAAAGUCAACCGUUCGUCCUCCACUGGCACCGGCAAAACAUUCCUCUCAAGAUCCGGACAGUGACGAUGGAGACGACGGCACCACUGAUUAUUUUUCCUUCAACAAAGUCGACACUCUGCCAACGGUCAGUGCGAACGAGAUUACUGCCAUGGUGGCUAAAAAAGCGGCCAAAAUGGCUGACACGGUGAGAAAGUUCACGGAAACGGAAGCGUCAGCGGCCAAUGUCAGCACAAAUCAAUGCACUACGGAGCCGUCUGCAUCAGUCAUGCCUGAAAGCGCUCAGCCAACGGAUCUAGCUAACGAGACGGCCAUGGCAGCGUUAAUCGGUGGGAAUCGCGCCAAACGGGCACGGCUGGAGCAAGUGGAUCUGAUCGAAAUCACUUCGGAGGACAUCGUGCCAUCGAAGGAAGACUUUUUGCGACGUCAACUGCAGGACGAAACGGGAUAUGUCCCCACUGGCCACCUUGUAGGCGACUGGACUUGCACCAGCAGACGGAAAUCGCACAUCACACAGCUGGCCAACAAGGCACAGGCAAAUGCCCAAGAGCUAGAAGCGAUGUGGGCCGCAAACCGACAAUCGCGUCGCCAAACGCAAAGCAAAUACGGGUUUUAGGCGUGCCCAGUUCGCUUGUUGGAAAAGACUUUGUUGUAAAUAUAUGAACCACUUA